AUGGCCAAGAUCACUUCUGUCAAGUAUUACCGUGUCAAGCCGCGAUGGCUGAUGCUUAAGGUCGUUGAUGAAAAUGGACAGCAUGGUUGGGGUGAGGCUACCUUGGAGGGCCAUGAUCUUGCUGUUGAGGGGUGUUUGGAUGAGAUGAUCCCACGCAUCAUUGGACAAGAAGCAAAUGAUAUCGAAAACAUCUGGCAAACGUUCUGGCGCCAUGGUUUCUACCGUGGCGGACCAGUAUUCAUGUCUGCCAUCUCAGGCAUUGACAUCGCAUUAUGGGAUUUGAAAGGUCGAAACUUGAAGGUUCCGAUCUACGAGCUUCUUGGUGGCAAGGUGCGGAACAAGGUCCAAGUGUACUGCUGGAUUGGCGGUGACAGGCCCUCAGAUAUUGAAGCAGCCGCAAAGAAGCGCCUUGAGCAGGGCCUCACAUGCGUCAAAAUGAACGCCACCGAAGACCUAGGCUGGAUCGACUCCCCAUCCGCGCUCGACAGCACCGUCGAGCGUCUCAAACAGGUCAAGGCAUUAGGUCUAGACGCAGGUCUUGACUUUCACGGAAGGUGUCAUAAAGCAAUGGCGAAGCAACUCGCACGAGCUCUUGAACCUCACAGACCGCUGUUCAUCGAAGAGCCUAUUCUUGUCGAACAUCCUGAGGCUAUCAAGAAGCUCUCUGACCAGACUGUCAUCCCUAUUGCAUUCGGCGAGCGCUUGUAUACGCGUUGGGAUAUUAAGCGCUUCCUGGAAGACUCGAGUGUCGACAUUCUACAACCUGACAUCGCUCACGCGGGCGGUAUUUCUGAGACGAAGCGUAUAGCUACUAUGGCGGAAGCUUACGAUGUCGCGAUUGCGCCUCAUUGUCCGCUUGGACCUGUUGCGUUCGCCGCUUCAGUUCAAGUAGCGCUGUCAUCACCGAACUUUGCCAUUUUGGAAAUGAGUUUGGGGAUGCAUUAUAAUACUGAGGCUGGAGACAUCGAUCUCUUGACGUAUCUCAACGAUCCUAGUGUUUUUGAUCUUGAAGGUGGACAUGUUAAGGCCCCGACGGGGCAUGGGUUGGGAAUUGAGAUUGAUGAGGAGAUGGUGGCUAGAAUUGCGAAAGAAACAGAGCCAUGGCAGUGUCGGGAUGCUGAACCCCCACGCUCUUGGCGAUGGAGUCCCCGGAGUGAGGGGUCAAACUUAAACGGAAAAGCAUUCGCGAGCUUGAACGUACGUACCGCGAAGAUGGGUGACAAACCAUUGGAAGUAUUGGUCUAUGGCCUUGGAGCGAUCGGGUCUUUCUACGCCUUCGUUCUGAGCCGUAGCGAACAUGUUCACCUAACCGUCGUCGCCCGAUCGAACUUUGAAGCCGUUUCUGCGAAUGGUAUCUCAAUCGACAGCCAGAACCACGGAAAACACCACGUGAAGCCUCACAAGGUUCUUCGAACCGUCGCCGAGGCUGGCCAAAAGUUUGACUUCAUCAUCUGCACGAACAAAGCAGUCGAUCAAGCCAGCACUGCUGCCGACAUUGCCCCCGGUGUUGGUGAUAACACGUCAAUCGUCAUCAUCCAGAACGGAGUUGGCAAUGAGGACGCUUUCCGUGAAAAGUUCCCGAGUGCAACCAUCAUCUCAUGCGUGACAUGGGUUGGUGCAAGGCAGCCAGAGCCUGGUUUCAUCAAUCAUACGACAUCCGAGGAUAUGCAAGUUGGGUUGUAUCCGAACAAAUCGGGCGAUGCAUCAAGGGAUACCCAACGCCUCGCUCAGUUUGAAUCGCUUUUGUCGAUUGGCAAAACCAUCUUCCAAAUUGUACCCAACAUCCAAGUGCAACGAUGGGAGAAGGUCGUUUGGAACGCAGCGUGGAAUUCACUCACUGCUCUUACGCUUAUGGACACGCAUGCAUGGCUCAGCUCAUCCGACCUGUCAACUCCCAUGACAAGAAAGCUAAUGAAGGAGGUUAUCGAUGUUGCUAAUGCGCUUGGUGUUCCUUUGGAAUAUGAACUGAUCGAUAGGCUUCUAGAGAAGAUCUUGGCGAUGCCGCCUAUUGGAAGCAGUAUGAGGACGGAUUAUGAGAAUGGCAAACCGAUGGAGGUUGAGGUCAUUUUGGGGUAUCCUGUCAGGAAGGGGAAAGAGUUUGGUAUUGAUGUUGCGACGAUUGAGACUCUGUAUACCAUCUUGUUGGCCAUCAACAAGCGGCUUAUAAGCGCCCAGGGCAAGUAA